AUGCUGGUCAGUUGGGUUACUGUAACUUUGCUUGUGUGCAGCGGCGGUAGCAGCUCACUGCCUAUUCCCCGGGAACGGGAGCAGCAGCAGCAGCAGCAGCAGCAGCACCGGGGCUGGAGUGAGGAACUGAAACUCCCCAGUCUAAAGCAGAGGCCUGGGAGAUGGCAGUUACAGUCCCACCACAAGGACCUGUUGCGACCAACUGAACGUGCGUUUCACAACACUGGGGGUACCUCAACAUUCCUUAACCCUCGCCGCUGUGGUGUUCCUGAUCUACCAUCUGGGAAAAAUAUUCAGCAUGGCUCCAUGAAAAGGAAACGACGCUUUGUGCUGGCAGGAGGACGGUGGAACAAAACUGACCUGACAUACAAAAUAGUGCGAUUUCCUUGGCAACUCAACCAAGUAAAAGUAAGACAUGCUAUUGCUGAAGCAGUGAGAGUGUGGAGUGAUGUGACUCCCUUAACGUUUACCGAGGUACAAGACACCAGUGCUGACAUUAUCAUUGAGUUUACACGGUAUUGGCAUGGAGAUAACCUGCCAUUUGAUGGCCCUGGAGGGGUGUUAGCUCAUGCUUUCUACCCUCAAACCCCUCAGGCUGGGAAUAUUCACUUUGACUAUGAUGAACUGUGGACCACUGACAGCAACAAGGGUACAGACCUCCUUCAAGUAGCAGCGCACGAGUUUGGCCAUGCACUUGGACUGCAACACUCUAGGAUCCCAAAAUCCUUGAUGUCACCUUAUUAUACUUUCCGCUAUCCACUGAGUCUGGCCGAGGAUGACAGACAAGGAAUACAGUAUUUAUAUGGCAGCUCUCAUGGCAAUGGAGUCAAACAACCAAAUCCGGACAUGGAAAGUAAUGAAUUACCCAGGGUUGACCAUCAUGGAAAUGAGCCAGAUGCUUGUGAGACUGACUUUGAUGCGGUGUCGAUGAUCCGUGGAGAACUCUUUUUCUUUAAGUCGGAGUACGUUUGGAGAUUGCGGGAUGGUCAGCUGCAGCCUGGUUACCCAGCAUUGGCCUCACGGCACUGGCGGGCAAUCCCUGACCACAUUGACGCAGGAUUUGAGGACUCAUCUGGGAACUUUUGGUUCUUCCAAGGUUCCAAUUACUGGAUCUAUGAUGGAGAGAAUCAAGUCUUGGGGCCCAAGUUAAUCUCCGAGUUGGGACUAUCUGCAGUGGAUAUCCAGGCUGCUCUGAUGUGGGGCUUGGAAGAAAAGAGGAAGAUCUAUUUCUUUAAAGGAAAUAAUUACUGGCGAUUCGACAUGAACCAAAAUGCUUUGGACAGUGUCUACCCGCGCAGUACUAAUGACUGGCGAGGUAUUCCUGCCAACAUCGAUGGGGCAUUCCAGGACAUGCAUGGUUAUGCCUACUUUCUCCGUGGAAGGUAUUACUGGAAGUUUGACCCUGUGCAGGUGAAGGUACAGGAAGGAUAUCCACGGCUGAUAGGCCAUGAUUUCUUUGGAUGUGCCUCUUCUCGUCAGUUGUACACAUGACUCUGACAGAUGAUCAAGACAACGGGAGCUACUGGUGGAGAUUCCCGAUACUGUGACUUUCCCAUCUACCAUUCACUGGCUCUUUCUCAUUUCCCACUUCCUUUCCUGGAAUUUUCUUCAGAACAAUGAUCCAUAAUUAGUUUGAUUCUUGAGUUGUGACAAGCUGGAGAAAAAUUUGGCACAAGUGAGCCUCUGUUUGGUUCUCUAGAUUUAAGGUGACUGAGGGCCCUACUUAGGGAUAGCUGUCCUUCUAACCUAAAACUGUACAAUACCAACGUGUGGAAAGCCUAAGUACAAUUCAGAAGAAAGCUAAUAUUGAACAGAUAUCUGAUUACUUUUUCAGCUUGGCAGAGCCUAUUACAUUAUCUGCAUUAGUUGAUAGUUUCUAGGCAGGGACUUAUUUUGAGGAGGGAAAUGCUUUGUCUUUCAUGUAAAAUCCUGUCAUCAGGUUUGGAGCCUUUGUGUGAGAAAUAAUUUGACAAUUAUAGAAACAUGAGGUGGAAGUGACGUGGGGCUCAGACCCAGCUGCUGGACAGCCACAUUGGGUACUGUGUCUGUAUGUGUACAAUUAUCGAGUACACACUCCCACUGAACAAGUGUCUGUCAGACCAUCACACUCAUUGCCCUGCCUGAAAACAGGCAGCAGAAUAGAAAAAGUGAUGAGAGAUAACAGAUUUCCCACUUUUUCUGCUUAUCACCAGCUCCCCUGUAUUGACAGGCCUCUUAAAACCACAUCAUGUAAAGAAAGUGAAUUAGAAACUGUUAGCUCAGUGGAUAAUUCCGCUCCUUUAUAGUGCAAUUUGCAACAAUCAAUAGGAUGCAGGUUCAAUCCCUGGUGUGUGCAGCUGGAUGUAGCUUCAACUCACGUUUUCUCCAUUAGUGAAUAAAAAUUAACUGUGACCCACUCCAAGCAUUCCCACUUCACAGUUAUAGCACAAUUGAGCAGGGGUUUGGAGGUGAUCCUCAUUCAGAAUUAUUACAGUGCAGCUGGAGAACACUGGCCCAUCAUGCCUGCACCAAGUCUAUUAUCUAGAUCGGUUCUAUUAUCUAAUACCAAUCUCCUACCUUCUCCAUGUAUCCCUGCACACUGUUACUAUAAAAACACAUUUCAUUUCCUGUUGAAUACCUCAGUUGAACCUGUUUCCACUUUUCUAGGCAAUGCAUUCUAUAACCACACUCCAGUCCUUACUCCCUGUGCUAAACCCCUGCCCUCACUUCAUGUGAUAAGCCUCUAACUGCAUUCCUUGUGCUCAGCCCCUGCCCUUAUUCCAUGUAACAAGCCCCUCCCUCACUACCUGUGCUCAGCCCUUGCCCUCAUCCCUUGCGAUAAGCUGCUGCCAUACUCUCUGUGCUCAGCCCUUGCCCUUACUCCAUGUGAUAAGUCCCUUCCCUCACUCCCUUUCUCAGUCUCUUCCCUCACUCUGUUCUCAGCGCCUGCCCUGACUCCCUAUGCUCAGCCUUUGCCCUGACUCCCUAUGCUCAGCCUUUGCCCUGACUCCUUGUGCUCAGCCCCUGGCCUCACUCCAUGUGCUCGGGCCCUGGCUUCACCCUGCUAAGCCCCUAUCUUCACUCUAUGCUGGAUUCUAUCCUCACUCAUUGUCUGAUCCUGCCCUCACUCCCAGCCCUCACACAUGCACCAUCAUAUGUGGGUUCUUGAGCAGUGACUAGGACUUAAUCCCCUGGUUAAUAAUCUCCUCCCAGACCUGGGAGCACUAAGUCAUUACAUAAUUCCCUACUUUUCACCCUAAAAAAACACUGGAUGUCAAAACAAAAACAGAUAGGGGCAAAUUGUCUAGCGAAUCAUAUUCAGAUUAAAUCCUGAUUCACUCCAGAUUGUUUCCAACUGACACAAGAAGAGCUUCAGUUAAAUACAUAGCGACAUGUUCAGACUUCUGUGAAUUUAAUGGGACCUGGACAAAGAAUGAGUUAGCAUCCCAUGUGACACGAUGGCCUGGGUUUUUUUUUAACCAUGGGUAUCAGGUCUCCAAAGUGGGAACCAAUGGGGAUUAUAAAUGCUGCUUUUGCCACAGUGAGAGAAGAUCAGCAGUCAUUUUGGAGAAUUGGCAUCCUCCUAAUUGAUCACCUCCAAGCUUGCUAUCCAAUUGUUUUUGAUGUCAACAGCUCUGGAAUCUAGGAUAGUGAUCAGUUUUUUUUUCCCUUUAUUCAUUAACGAGAUGAGGGCGUCGCUGGCUAGACAGCAUUUAUUGCCCAUCCUUAAUUGCCCAGAGGGCAGUUCAGA